UUCAGCAGAGCUCUAUCUGCAGGAUGACAGUUCUCAUGCACCUGAUUGACUUUAAGAUUAAAGAUGUCAACAGUAAUUCCCACCCAACCUGCUAAAGCCCAAAGAUAUCCAGGUAAUAAGGAUGAAAACAAAAACAACAGAUCUUCACACGCGAAAUAUUGAAAUCAGUGAAUUUUUAGCUUGAGAAAUUAUUAAAAAGGUUAUCAGCAAUUAAAGGUUUUCUGAGAGAAACUUUGCCGAUUGCAAAGGUACAAGAUCUAAACCAGAGCCAUGGAAAAUGUUUAAUAGUGUGAAAGUGACAAAGGGAGCGGUUUAAGAUUACAAGCUAAUGGGGCCUUUUGUAAAGCAAAAAACAAAAAGGUGCCCGGGUUCAUCUGACCAAUCGAGAAUGUCAGUGAUGUCAUUCAAAGGAGAAACAGAAUAUUUCCUACAGGUGUGCCUUGAAAUUGUGGCGUGUGUUCUUUGUAUAGCAGAGGUUUUCAAACCAAUAUACACCAAGGUGGUGGUAGAUGUGAAGCACAGCUGAAUAAGGUCACCACACAUUCUCGCUAAGAAGCGACACACAUCUGGAGAGGAAAUAAAAUGUGAAAAGAGCUGUUGCAAUACUACCAGGAUGUCUCGUCAUCUUAGCAGUAGUGUGACACGGAGCCUUGCACAACAGUGCCCUCAUGUGGAAAGUUUUCUUUAUAACCUCAGGUUAAUGGGUUCAAGUCACCACAAAAAAAAUAGGCAGUCUUCUAAAAUAGAGUACCAGGUCUUUUAAAACACUAUAAUAACCAAACGUAUGAUUCUGUACUCUGCUUGUGUAUAUAUAGCUGUGGUCAAAGGUUUACAUACACUCUUCAUGGGCAUGAAUGUCCUGGUAAUUUGGGGCUUUUUUAAACUGCUCUUUAUCCAUGGUGGAAUGAUUGUACAGCAUACACCUUUACUGACUUCAAAAGUCAAGUUUGAGUUUAUUUUUAUUUUUAUCUGAUCCAUACUGGGUCAAAUAUAUACACACAACCCACUAAUAUUUGGUUAAAUAUUCCUUAGCAAGUCGCUCUUGGUUGCAAUCAACAAACUUCUGACAUAAUUUUGGCUGGAUAUUUGGUCGGUUUCCUGGAAUAGACUUGGUGUUUAAGCAUAAUCCAUACAUUUUCAAUUGGGUUUAAGUUGAAGCUUUGGUAGGGCCAUUACAGAAGCUUGAUGUUCACCUGUUUUAUCCAUUCUAAAACUAGUUUGAUGUCUGUUCAGGGUUAUUUUUCUGCUGGAACACUCAACUCUGUCCAAGUUCCAUUUCUCUAAGUAUUGAUUUGAGGUGAAGCUGAAGAAUUUGAAGAAUUCCCCCCAGAGCAUGAUGCUGCCACCAUCAUGUUUGAGGGUUGGUACAGUGUGUUAGGUUUGUAAGCCCCACCUUUACCCCUACAAACAUGCCUCUUGUCAUAGUGACCAAACAGCCCAAUCUUUGUUUCAUCUGAACAUAAAACUUUCCUCUAGAAGGCAUUAGGCUCAUGCCUGUGGUGGGAAAGUGAAAAUAUCAGUGAUGACGUGUCGAUUUUGAAGCAGGGGCUUUUUUUCUGGGAUGGCAGUCUCUCAGUCCACGGGGAUGUAAAAUUUGCUUUACUGUGGACAGUGAUGUUGGAGUUUCAACAGUUUCCAGUUCAUGCUUUAACCUUGAUGGUUCCUGGGCUGUUCCAGAACAUCCUAACCAGUUUAUUCUCAUCCCAGGAUGACAGUUUGGAUCUUCUUCCACAUCCUGGCAAUGCGGUGACACGUCUCACUAACUCAUACAGUAACUUGAACUAAUGGUUUUUUAAUCUGCAGUUUUUUCAUAAUGGCCCUGAAAAACCUUCCUAAGUUGUGUAAAUCUACAAUUCCGCUUCUUAAAUUGUCACUGAAUUUCUUGGGCUUUCCCGUUGUUCGAAGUAUUGCUCAAUCCAGUGAGUACUGGCAAAGGAAACUACCAAGUAAUCAAUCAUGAACACUAAUGAAAAUUUAACAGGGCUUGCAUUUGUCAAGUAAAAGUAUAAUGUAGAACCUUCAGCACUGCUUAUUGAAAUAUUUAAAUGUACGUCUAUAUCUGAGCCUGUAUCUACACUUUGUGACUUUCAAAGAACUGGAGAAAAUGCAAAAUUAAAAAAAAAAAAAAAGUGCACCCAGUUCUUGGUUUUUUAAAGAUAAAGACCGUUUCAAAGGAAUCAGAAGCCCAAACUACCAGGACAUUCAUGCCCAUGAUGAGAGUAUGUAAAUUUCUGACCUGUACAAGCUUCCCUGCAGUUAUGUCUGUUAUGAGCUUUUGUUUCCACUAGAUGGCGCGCAGUAUCUGUUUUAUUUUAGUUGCCUACCGUCGGAAGUGCACUUCAAGGCGAUGAGUUUAGUCGUUCUCAAAAGUGAUGUAAAGUCACAAGGCUGUAAAAAUAUGCAGACACAGACGGCUUGGCUUGUAGUCCUUUUAAGCCAGAAGAGCCACGGGAGAUUGUACUUAGAUUACUUUUUAGUUCUUAAAGAAGCAACCCCUAUGUUUUCAGUGUAGUAAUUUAAUAUGAUUUUGUGAGGGCAUAUAUAUAUAUAUAUAUAUCUAUAUCAUAUUUAUUUAAGCUUUCUGGCACUAUUGACAUGAUGCAGCUCUUUAUAUUUGUGGCUGCGUUUCUCUUUGCGCACGAAAUCACCGAAGCCGUUCGCUCUGAUAAGUGCACCUCCCGGUGCGAUGUGAGCUCGUGCCCGAGCCCCAGCUGUCCCGGUGGCUACGUUCCGGACAGAUGUAACUGCUGCCUGGUGUGUUCCCCGCGUGAAGGAGACCCCUGCGGCCGCAAAGACGACCUGCCCUGCGGGGAUGGAUUGGAGUGCAAGUUAUUCGCUGCGGGGAAGCGGCGAGGCUCCAAAGGGGUCUGUCGGUGUAAGAUGGACCAUGAAGUGUGUGGGAGCGACGGGAAAACGUAUGGAAAUGUGUGUAAGAUGAGAGCAGCCAGUCGGAAAACUCUACUCAAGGGGAGACCCGCGGUCAGCCAAGCGCACAAAGGACCCUGUUCGCCUUUAGGAGCAGGUCGUACCCUGAUUCGUCUCAGCAGCCCUCGAUACAAGUUCAACUUCAUUGCUGAUGUCGUGGAGAAAAUAGCCCCUGCUGUCGUCCACAUUGAGCUGUUCUUAAGGCAUCCUCUGAUAGGUCGCCACAUGCGGCUCUCCAGUGGCUCUGGGUUCAUCGUGUCCCACUCAGGUGUGAUUGUGACCAACGCUCAUGUGGUAACCACAGCUGCCUUGGUGACAGGCAGGCCACAGCUGCGUGUUCAGCUCCACGACGGAGAUGCAUAUGAAGCCGUGGUGAAAGACAUAGACAGGAAGGCAGACAUUGCUACAAUCAAGGUCAAUCCACAGCAGAAGAAACUUCGCGUGCUGUCUCUGGGCAGUUCGGCUGAUCUGAGGCCAGGAGAGUUUGUGGUUGCCAUUGGCAGCCCUUUCGCCCUGCAGAACACUGUCACCACCGGCAUCGUCAGCACUGCACAAAGAGAUGGCAAAGAGCUGGGCAUAAAGGACUCAGACAUGGACUACAUCCAAACUGAUGCUAUUAUUAACUACGGCAAUUCGGGAGGACCUCUUGUUAACUUGGAUGGCGAGGUGAUUGGAAUCAACACUCUUAAAGUGACAGCAGGAAUUUCCUUCGCUAUACCGGCAGACCGCAUCAGCCGCUUUCUCUCAGAGUCACAGAUUAAACACAAGAAAGAUGAAAAGAGACAGCAGAAAAGAAAAAUGGACAAACCACAGUCUGAUGCAGACGCGUCCCUAGUUAAGAGACAUUUUUUAGGCAUCUGGAUGGUCACCAUCACCAAAGCUCUUGUAGAAGAGUUGCGACUUCAUAACCCAGACUUCCCCGACAUCAGUAGUGGAGUUUUGGUGCGGCAGGUUAUACCUAACACUCCAGCAGAAAAAGGAGGGAUUAGGGAAGGUGACGUUAUAGUGAAGUUGAAUGCAAAGCCAGUCAGGACCACUGAAGACAUCCAUGAGGUGUUGCAGAGCGACCAGCCACUCCUACUUGAGAUUCGCAGAGGGAACGAUGACUUACUCUUCAAUAUCCACCCACAGCUUUUGGUACAUUGAAAACUGGGAGAAUUGAUAUCUUUUAGUUGUGAAGAGGCAGGACUCAAUAUGUCCAGUACUGAUUUCUUAUUAAAACAAGAGAACGGAAAAGAGCAGUUCCUUUCCCAACUAGCCUGAUGAUGUAUGCUUUGGUAGAGUUUGAAAUACUGUAGUUUAACACAGACCUCAAAAUACAGCUCAGUAGAAUCCAUUGCACUGUAUAUUUAAGGCGCUUUAGAAUAAAAGCUUAGAAGAAGGAUCUGUGCAGUUGUGUGUUUUUCUGUCUAGUCUGUUCAGCAGCUGCUUUCCAGAAGGCAGCUUCCAUUCCUUUGUUUGUGUCUUCUCAUCCCUCCUCCAUCCUCUCUCUUGGAAAGACUUUCUCCUAAUUUAAACAAACCUAAGUCAACACCUCCACAUACGGAACACAGGCACUAUGAGUAAAAUCCUGUUACAGGGAACAGCUGGUUGUAUUCUUUCCUGUUUUGGAAAUGAAAAUCUUCAGUCAUAACAUAACCUGAAUCUUAAAGUCGCACACCCUGAAGUAGCAUGAAAGUACUCAUGCAAAAGCCAAAUUAAAUCAAGAUGGCAGAAAAAUAUCUUUCAGUAGCUUGACAUUUUGGACAUACUACAUAUAUGCUCAUACUUUUGAAUAGUGUUGUUUUGGUUUAUUUAUCAUUCUAAAAGCCUUCCUCCAUGCUGAAAUGACCUCAGAAAUGACCUUGUAACCCACUUGAACUCCCUGUAAGUCCACACAUCAUAAACUGAGCCCAGACAGAAAACCCUUCCUGUUUAUUUAAACAUAGACUCUGUCUGGUUACUGUUGGCUGGAACAAGCAGAGGCCAAGGAAGCAAAGACAAACUGGAAGAACAAAAAGAAAAGACAGGCUGCUGGGCUCACAAACAGGAAAAACAGGGAGGAAAUGUAGCUAAUAAGUGACUCCUGCUGUGAACAAAUAACUACCAUUUCAGCCGGUCCUCGCAGACUGAUUUUAAUAUGGUUCUCUGUGCUGCACUCAGUGUGUGACUUGAUGGAGCAGUUGUUGGAGUGUGGGUGGUGUUUUCUAGUCUUGCCAAGACAGAUUGUUAUAGCUGAGCGCCAGACUACUUCAGUAAGGCAGACAGAGGACACAGCUGUGUCCACACUAAAACAAUAUAUCUAAGCCCACAGUAAAUAUAAACUUUCACUCAACAACAAAGGCCAUGUGUUUUUACAGUAAAGCCAGAGUUUUACAGAUAUCUCUGCAUGCAUCUAAAGCACAACAUAUACUCUUCUGUACACUGGUUGUACUUUAGAUUAGUGCAUUCCCUAUGCAACCCAGUCAAUGUGUUGCCAUCUAGAGGCCAAAUAUAGUUUAGUUUGAAAUAAACACAAUUUAUGAUUCCCAAAGAGUCCACUAGAUGGCAGGUGGAGAAUAAAGAAUUUCCUCCCAACGUGGCAAUUGCUCAAACGCUCAUCUUAAAGGACUGCUGCACUAUAGAAGUCUAUAUAUAGCUCUGGUUUCUGAUUGCAUCCUUUUGCACUUAAAGCAGAAGAGACAGUUAAACAUUUCAACAGCAUGUAAGACUGUCAGAGAGACAAUCGUGCAGGUGGAACUACACAGAUGGAACUAUUUUAUUUAUUGAUUUUUUUAUAUAUAAGGUUUUCAUAAUAUACAACCUGGAUAUCUCUAGGUGUAUAUUACCUCUCGCCCUGUGACACUUGGGAUAGGCUAGGGAUACGAAAAUAAGAAAAUGGAAGGAUAGAUGGAUUCCAAGUGUGAAUCAUAGUGCUAAAAACAAUAUAGGGAUAAUGUCUCAUUUGCUAUAAACAAAAAGAAUUCUUUAUUAACUCUGAGACAUCACAUGGGUGUAAAACAUCCCAUUUUUCCUCUAUCCAAUCCAAAGAUUGUAAUUUUAAGAUGUGGAAAAAAUAGUUGAUGUUGAAGAUUUUUAAACACAACACUUUUGCAUUAUUCCAGAUUUUGAUAUUCUUUAUAACACCUUGUAUCUUAAACGUCAAACUUUCAUGUAUUGAUCUGUACUGUUGCUGUAUCUUUUCACUUUUAUUUGUUGGUAAAUAAUUUCUCAACCACUUUCUUAAUAAGAUCAAUUGUACACAGAUGGAACUAUUUUAUUUAUUGAUUUUUUUUUUUAUAUAUAUAAGGUUUUCAUAAUAUACAACCUGGAUAUCUCUAGGUUGUAUGUUACCUCUCGCCCUGUGACACAUUUAAGAAAAUGGAAGUUGUUGGGAUUAAAUAAUUUACAG